AUGGUUUCUGCCCCCAGGGAGUGCCCAGAAUGCAGAGACACAGAAUGUCAUCUUCAGAGAGGCCCCAGUCUGACUAAGGAGGCACAGUCCCAGCUCUCACCAAAGCUGACCACCUUUGUCCAGAAGGUUCGCCUUCGCUGGACUAGACACUCCAUUCCACCUGUUUUCCAGAGAUUCAUUGCACAGCACUCGAGCCCCUUUCACACCUGGAUAGGACUCGCUGAGAGCGAUGGCUCCUGGAAGUGGGUGGAUGGCACAGACUAUGGGAACAGCUACAGGAACUGGGCCAUUGGUGAACCAAACAACUGGCAGGGGCAUGAGGAGGGCAGAAAUGAAGACUGUGCCGAAGUCCAGCAUGAUGGGCGCUGGAACGACGAUUUCUGUCUGCAGUUGCAGCGCUGGGCGUGCGAGAUGACUCGGAACAUCACCGGCUAGGAGCCCUGACCCCAGCAGAUCUCCACCUGCACCCCACCCCUACCCUGCUCCCAGCUUCUCUACUGGGGAUUUGGAAGAAAGGAAGAGCAGUCAGAGGCAUUGGGAGGAGUUGAGGGAAGAUGGAACAAAAUGGUUUAAGAAUCUCAGACCCCGGGACACAGAUCCCGCCUCCUCCUGCUACUCACUGUGAGGGUGACCAUUUCCAGCCUCCUCAGUGGAGAAGGAAAAAAAUAAACCACCAUUGACACUC